CUCGUUCACGUUCUCCACUUCCACAGAGUCUGCAAAAGAUGGAGAAGAUUAGCUUAUGACAAAGGACUCUGGAAAGAUGUUAAUUUAACCCCAUAUAAGGUGAAUUCACGGAUACUUUGGCACCUGGUCAGGCACUACCUCGGUGGCACUCUGAGGACGACCGAGGCCUUACUUUUGGAGAUUGGGAAACGCUGUCCCAACCUGAGCGAGCUCCGGCUCAUUGAGAUGAACCUGCGAGGUAUCAGUUAUGAGUGUCUUCCUCAGUCACUGCUGAGCUUGGAGCUGACCCACUGUGAGAUUCCCCUGCAUUGGUUCCGAGUUGCAGCAAUGUCUAACGGGACCCACGUCCCCCCUUGUAUCAGGAACCUGGAAGUGGACAACGUGCCGAACUUUUCAGACCAGCACCUGCAGACCCUUGCAUCGCGCACAGCCCUGAAGGUGCUGAUCCUGUCUGGCACGUACAGGGUGACUGACUCUGGGAUCGAGAAAGCAGCUGAAUCUCUCUCCGAGCUCGUCCACCUCAAGCUGCAUGGCUGCAACAUCUCAGACAGCUCGCUGCGGCACAUUGCCCAGCACCUGACGCAGCUCCGCACCUUGGACCUGACCAACUUCUGCUCCAUGACUGAUGCAGGCCUGAGCUGCCUUGGGGGCCUCAGGUCCCUGCAGUCGCUCUGCUUCGAAUAUUGUGACCAGAUUACAGUCGAGAAGCUCCUUUCGGUCUGCACUGGUCUUCCAUCCCUCACCAAACUCAACCUGAACGGUAACCCGUACGCUGAGGGAGAGCUGCAGAGAAUCCGCCAGAGUUUACCCAACUGCACCGUCACCAACAAUUUCCCCAGCACCGAGGCUGUGCCCAAGUUUUAGCAGCAACUGUCAGCUCUCCGUCCUGUGGCACUGGUUCGGUUUGUGGUCAGGGAUGCUGGGGAAUUGCUGAUUGUGGAGCUCGGGCCAUUCUGUUUGUCCCUUCAGCCAGCCCUGAUUCCAGCAGUCAGUCCCAGCUUCUGGAGCUUCGUGCUUCAAUCAACUGGGUGGGGGCUUCCUCCUUCCCCACUAAAC